GAUGAUGAUGAUGAUGAUCACAUUGAUGAUGAAGAGCCUGAGACCACCUCCUCACAGAACCAAGAAGAAAUAAAGGAGCUGAAGAUUAAAACAUCAUCAAGCCCUGUUAACAGUGUAGACUGCACCAGAGGAGGUGAUCUGUCCAGUUCAGGGCCAGAGCAUCCAGUACUGGUAACACAAAGGGAAGAAGUCGAGAACUACCUGGACUCCAACAGUGAAGAUGAGAUGUUAGAGAGAGAUGACGACUGGACCCCAGAAAACCUGGACUCCAACAGUGAAGAGAUGUUAGAUGGAGCCAACAAAUGGACCCCAGGUCCUGAACCGCAGAUGCAAAGAAAACCACYAGGAAGGAAAUCUAAAAUUGGCCUGAAGAAGAAUAUGGGGAGAAAAAUGUCUUGUAAAGUGUGUGAAACUGGGUACUGUAAUCUGGGCAGUUUGAUCAAACACAUCUGGACCCAUGUUGAUGAGCAGCUGGACYUUUGUGGCGUCUGUGGAGAGAAGUUUAACUCUGUAGAAGUGUUAAAGGAGCACCUCACAAAUCARCAAGACGUUUGCAGAUGUUCAUACUGUGGGGAGACUUUCAUCUCUAAAUAUAAUCUAAAGUGUCACAUGACCAAACACACAAAGAGAGACAGACCACACCAAUGUGACGUUUGUCUGAAGACGUUUGUUCUGAAGUCACACCUCAAAGCUCACAGCAAGAUUCACACCAGCACAGAUAAAUAUCACUGCAAAAUCUGUGGUCAAGCUGUAACUGACCACAGAUCUCUAGCCCACCACAUGCUGACCCACUCUGGGGAGCAACGCUUCAGCUGUGAGGUGUGUGGGAAGUGUUUUAAAUUUCCCAACACGCUGAAGUCUCACAUGAAUACUCACACGGUCAGAGAUCGCCCGUUCCUCUGUGACAUCUGCUCAAAAACAUUCCUAUCGAAGACGUCUUUACGUGUUCACCUGCAGACRCACAACAGGGAGAAAUCGUUUGUCUGCAAUGUGUGCAACAAAGCUUUUUCCUGUCAAAGUUAUCUAAAAGUUCACAUGAGGAGCCACACCACUCAAAGACGCUACAAAUGUCACGAGUGUGGACUCCUCUUUACGUACAAAUGUAACCUCAAAAGCCAUGUCAAGCUCCACUCAGGGGUCAAAAACUUUGUCUGUGGGGUCUGUGGCAAAGCAUCGUCUCGAUAUGAACACCUGCAGAUCCACAUGAGGACCCACAGUGGAGAGAAACCCUUCAAGUGCACCCUCUGUGACAAAGCCUUCACACAGAGCCACUGUCUGAAGACACACAUGAAGAGACACCAGACCAAAGAAAGCCCAGUCCCUGAUACCAAGAUUGAAGACAACCAAGUCUUUGAUACCAAGAUUGACGACAACCAAAUCUUUGAUACCAAGAUUGAAGACAACCCAGUCCCAGGUCCAUAAUUACUGUCUGCUGAACCUCCACAACUGACUCCUUUUGAUGAGGAGCAACAACAGCUGUUCUCUGAGCUCGUCUCAUACGGCUGAGCUCCUCACACUGAGUCUACAACAAACUUUUAACUCUUUCUCCAUCAAUCACACAAUUGUGUUUGUUGUGUUUCCAGUAAAAUGUCCGGUCGGCUGUCUGGGUGACUGCUCUGCAAACUUAUGAGUGUUGAGCCUGAGUCUGAACAGAUGAUUGUCUUUAAUGGUKUUGUCUCUUCUACCCACUGCUCUGCCAUCUCCCCUUUGUAUACUGAUACUUGAUUUGUGAUUCUUUUCUUUAUUUCUAUUUAGAAUUCUAUUUUGUAUGCCCCUCCUACUGUUUCUCUUGUUGUUUUUGAUGUGUCUGUGUAUAUCUGCACAUAAUUAUAAUAUUAAUUGAUAUAAUCCUGUACUGUAUAUGAAUAAAAAAAAUGAAUUUGUA